CCACACCCACAUCCACAUCCACAUCCACACCACCCCUACAUCGACCUGCAGGACGCAAUUUUAGCAUCAACCCACCCCUUCCCUGCCCGAAGCUGGUCCCUCUCUGCAGAUGAGAGGCUGGCUUGGCCUGGCUCUGUACUCGACUACCCUUGUAAUCCUCGAGGGGUGUCAAAGCCAAUUCCGAUCAACAGGAUCCCACACGUACUUGAAGAGAAGGCAUUGCAUCGUCGACCAGAAAGUAUAUAGACUUCACUAUCCCCAUCCCCAACCCAAAUCCAAGUGUCAUAAUCUCGACAUCCUCACUUUCGUCAUCCAUCCUCGCUUCCACUUCCUUCACCAUCAUCUUCCGUCGCCUUUUCUCGUCUCACCUUUACCCGCUUCUAUUUCCAUACCCCCAAUUCGCUUUGCAAGUGAAAUAGGCGCCUGUUCAACCUGCAAUUUACUUUUCCAAAUUAUCUUUCACCAACUAAACCAAAACACCAUCCUCUGCUUCUCUCUCCAGCUUUGACAGCUGCUACCAAUAAUCCUCGUCCUCAAUUCCACACACAUACAAAAAAUCAAAAUGCCUUCAUUACGCAACAUCAUCCAGGGCCUCGCCCUCUCCUCGAUGAUGGUCAUGGCCGCCGCCGCUCCAUUCCCACCAAUUGUAGAAAAAGUUGACGCCGAUGAUGCUUGUGGAAAUGCUUCUGUGCCACCAACGACCAGUAAACCAGAGGGACCUAACGCUUCGGCAGUUCCCAAGAUCCCAGCCAGUGGUGGUGAGUGAUUAGAUAUCUACUUCUUUCACUACUCAACUAACAUUUUCUCAGCCACCCCCGAUCUCAACGUUACCACUCUCACUCUUGCAUACGUCACCCUCGGUCACGGUGUCCAGAACUACUCUUGCGACGCAGUUGGAGCAACAGGAAAGGCAAUUGGCGCAAUUGCAAAGCUGUACGAUGUUACGAAUCUUGCAUACACAGACAUUGAAAUGGUUCACAAACUCAGUGCAAUGGUUGUCGAGGGUCAAGCAACUGAGGAAGGAUCUGAAAUUGCCAUCAAGUCCGCCGCCGCCAAGCUCAACGCGCCAAUCAUUGGUAACCACUACUUUGAUUCUGCUGGUGUUCCAGUCUUCAACUUGAGUGAGAAAGACAAGAUCAUCUUCGCUGCGAAGACGGAAAACGUCAAAGCACCAGCCACUGCCGACAAGGGUCCUUUGAAGACUGGUGCUGUUGACUGGCUUAGAUUGGUCAAAAAGGAGAACUACGCUUUCGCCAGCAAGGGUAUCCAGGAGGUUUACCGUCUUGAGACUGCCGGUGGUGUCUCGUCUGCUUGCAAUGCAACUGGUGUCAUCUCAGUCCCAUACGCUGCCGAGUACUGGUUCUACAACUGAAAGUCUUUCAAGUAUUCAGACAUUCGCACCACCAAAAAAAUCAAGCGAGUCGCGGAGAAAAAGAGCAUGUCAAGUUCGACAUGAAAACCAAAAGAAGGACCCGAAAAGAAAAGAGAUCCGCGGACGAAAAAAGAUUUACGAGAAUCAAGAAGGACAUCCUUCUUCCACACCAUACCAUUCCAUGUUCAAAAAAGAACAUGAUCAUGGUUUUUUUCCCAACCUUCAUUUGCGCGCUUCGUGUGCUGCACCAACCUUAUACCCCUUUGAUACCUUUUGCAAAAGACCUGGAUUUUGCACAAAACAACCCUUACAUAUAUAGAUGUACAUACUUUUUUCUUCUCUUCUUUUGACCCCUGGAUUUGGACUGGAUUUAUUGGGAAGGAAUAGGAGGGAAAAUGAUGCCGGUGUUCAUAGGAGUGGAUGAAUAAUGAGAAGGAGGGCUGGCUGGUCGGUCUGGGAUUAUUUAAUAAUUUACCUUUACAAUUUUAACUACCUUUUACCAAUUUGAAAA